AUGACGAAGCGCACGGUCCCCAGCGAGAAGGAUGAGUCCGCGAGCCAGUGCGUGACGAUCACCCUCCUUUCUCGGCCCUUUUCUUCCAGCGUCUCGUACACCUUCUGGGCUGCCCGACCCACGCCGGGAUGCAGGGGCAGGACCAGCAGCUGGCCCAGCCCGGGGUUCAGGGCCACAGCCUCGGUCUGGAUGGCCUCGCAGCACUCGGUGAUCUCCUGCAGGAAAGGACCAAGGGACACGCACGAGGUCCCACCACCGCAGAAAGGCCUGAGCAGGCCCCAAGUCAGGAAGCUGCUGCUACCUGUGGCCAAGGGGGCAGGUAAGCGGCUCCUGGUGAAGUCGCCCUGCCGCCAGCCCGGAGUGUGGGGCGGGGGCGCGAGCCCCUCCCUGUGGGGCCAGAAAACCCCAAGGAUCCUCGCACUGGACCUGGUGGUGCGGGAUGAGAAUGAAAACAUCCUGGACCCCGACAGGACCAGCGUCAUCAGCCUCUUCCAGGCACACAAGAAGGCCACACAGACCAUCAUGCAGCGCAUCCAGGAGGAGAUGAAUGUGAUCUACCACGGUGCAGGAGACAAGCUGGCAAGCGAGUAUCGCUCUGUGGUCUACUACCAGCAGCGACACCAGCGAUGGAUGGAGACGGUGAAGAUUGCUGUUCCCAUUGAAGAUGUCCACAAGACCCACCUACGAUUCACCUUCAGGCAUCGCUCCUCCAGUGACUCUAAAGACAAAAGUGAGAGGAUUUUCUCCAUGGCCUUCGUGAAGUUGAUGCGACCUGAUGGUACCACCCUACGUGAUGGGGAACACGACCUUUUUCUGUAUAAGGGCGACAGUCGGAAACUGGAAGACGCCAGCUCGUACCUGAACCUGCCGUCCACAAGAAACGUGUUGGAGUCAAAGAUCCUCUCGGGUUCCUCCUUCCGAGUGAGCGGAGGCACUUCGGGGAUAAGCGUGUCCACCCGGGACAGUUUCCAGAUCUCCACCCUCGUCUGCUCUACCAAACUGACACAGAACGUUAAUUUGCUAGGGCUGCUGAAGUGGCGCUCAAAGCCCAGCCUCCUGGCUGGGAACCUCCAGAAGCUGAUGAAUGUGGAUGGAGGGGAAGUCAUCAAGUUCCUCCAAGACACUUUGGAUGCUUUGUUCUCCAUCAUGAUGGAGAAUGCGGACACGGAUGUCUACGACACCCUUGUCUUUGACGCCCUGGUGUCUUCAGCCUUCCCUGGGCAGGCGGAGGGAAGCCCAGCAUUUUGCUCUGAUCCAGCAGACAAAUUACCAGAGAUGUCCAAAAGAGCGUAAGACUGAGGGGGUUUUUGAGAUGGGAUUUGCUGGAUCUGAUCAGGCACGCAGCGCUGAGAGCCGUCCAGCCACGUCUAGGCCGCUCCCUGGGCUGAGCAGAGCCUGGACCCCCCGGCUCUGGGCAGAGGCCGUGAAGGUGGCUGGACUCUCCAGGUGAGGACAGCAGUAGCUGCAGUUCGAGCAAAGCUCAAAGGUAUUUUCUCUAGAACAAGCAGUGAAAGCAGCGUCAAGAGACAAGCGUGAUCCUAGCGGACAGCCCGGGGAGCGUCAGGCCAGAGCAACUGCUGCGCUCCCGCCCGAGACACCGGGCACCGGUGACGGCAUGAGCUCUGGGCAAACCGGCCGGGA